CUGGAAAGUACGCUAUGACUGAUUGUGAAAACUGUCAUCCUUAGAUAUAAUGGACUUUUCACUUCAUUGCCUUCUCCAUCUUUUCAUGUUUUCCAUCUUUGUACAAGAAUCAGAGUCUUCACUGAGGAUAAAGCAUAACAAUCAUGAGACAGCUGUCCUAGGGAGAAAUGUGACUAUCUUCUGCAACUUGACAAGUCUGGCGAAUGUUGAGCAAGUCACCUGGCAGAAAGUUCAAGGUCCAUUGCUUCACAAUAUCGGCACUUACAGCCAUAAAUAUGGAGAAAAUAUUAUCCCAACAUAUGUAAACAGGCUGCACUGCAAGAUCCUGGAACCCAAUGUCUCCUUCAUAAUCAUCCAAGAAGUGACGUUUGAAGAUGAAGCCUGCUACAAGUGUCUGUUUAACACCUUUGCAUAUGGCAGCCAUGGAGGACAAACCUGCCUUAACGUCCUAACUGUACCUGAAUUAGCAACCGAAAUCCAUCCUGUUCCUGGUUCUGAAGAUCUCCUUAGCCUUCACUGUUCAGCGGUGGGAAAGCCUGCUCCUGGAAUCUCCAUUUACCUUUCACAAGAACUAGUGUCCCUGAAGGAAGAACACUUUACUGAGAACCCAAAUAGCACAGUGACCGUCACUAAACUAUACGACAUUUCUUUGAAAACUAUUAGGUCCUUGGGCCUCCAACACCUGGUUGUGUCCAUGACUCACCCCCUAAGAUAUGAAGAGAAGAUAGUUCAUCUGCCAGUAAAGCAAGAGGGGACCAGGAAUUGUGUUUCAAAUUGGAAGACGACUGCAGUUGUAUUCAUUAUUCUGUUUUUAGUUUCAUGUAUCAUCCUUGGGACAAUUCUCUAUAUUAAUUUAGAAAAUAAAAGGUCAGAGAACACACAGGAACAAUCAACACAGAUGCAUGACCAGUUAUCAACACUGGUGACCACACGGCCAUCAACAGAGACUGAAAACUUAAUGAGUCAACCUUGUCAGACAAAGUUAAGAAGAGUCUGGUGUUGCGUCUUCAUUGCUGACAAAAUGGACGCAAUAAUUGGUGCCGAAACCCAGGAACAUCACGGGAAAAGGAACAAGUGGCGUUCAGAGACACAACCUCUCAUCUGGACUCAGAAUUUACUUCGGGCAGCAUAG